AGCUGGUGAAGAGACAACGAACCUAUCGCGUUUGGAUCAAGUCGGACUGUUAAUAUUCUCAGAAUGAGCUGGUGGUGGGCUAGAGCUACUGCCGCUGCAAAGAAAAAAUACGAUGACGAAGAAGCACCACCUCGAAGCCACCAGAGCGUGGGCCUGGUGAUUGGUGUGACUGGCAUCGUUGGCAACAGCCUAGCUGAAAUCCUCCCACUCCCUGACACCCCCGGCGGACCCUGGAAGAUUUAUGGCGUGGCUCGUCGCCCACGCCCUGCAUGGAAUGCUAACCAUCCAGUUGAAUAUAUCCAGUGCGACGUCUCUGAUUCCCAUGAAACCCAACACAAACUUUCCCAAUUAACCGAUGUCACCGACAUCUUCUAUGUCACGUGGACCAACCGACCCACUGAAGCCGAGAACUGCAAGGCCAACGGUGCCAUGUUCCGCAACGUGCUUCGCGCUCUUAUCCCAAACGCUCCGAAUCUUCGCCACAUUUGCCUCCAGACCGGCGGCAAACACUACAUCGGACCCUUCGAGAACAUAGGCAGUAUCAAAACCCCCAGUCCACCUUUUACGGAGGAUAUGCCACGUUUGAACGUGCAGAAUUUCUAUUAUACGCAGGAAGAUAUUUUAUUUGAAGAAGCUAAAGAUAAGAAAGGCCUCACUUGGUCCAUCCACCGACCCGCCGCAAUAUUCGGAUUCUCCCCCUAUAGCUUGAUGAACAUAGUAGGCACGCUUUGCGUAUACGCCGCUAUAUGCAAGCACGAGGGGCUUCCAUUGAAAUUUCCUGGAAGCAACGCGGCUUGGGAGUACUACUCGACGGCUGCGGACGCUGAUCUUAUUGCAGAGCAGCAAAUAUGGGCGGUUGUGGACCCAAAUGGUAAGAACGAAGCGUUUAAUUGCAACAACGGGGACGUGUUCAAAUGGCAACAUCUUUGGAAGACGUUGGCAGAGAGAUUUGGGAUUGAGAAGCACGGAUUUAAGGAGGGUGAGAAAAUUAGCUUGGUGGAGAUGAUGAAGGACAAGGGUCAUGUAUGGGAAGAGAUAGUGAGGAAGAAUCAACUAAAACCCACGAAGUUGGAGGAUGUUGGGGUGUGGUGGUUUGCGGACUUGAUCCUGGCUGGGGGUGAUUUCUUGGACAGUAUGAAUAAGAGCAAGGAGUUUGGAUUCUUGGGAUUUAGGAACUCUGCGAAUUCAUUCGUUACGUGGAUAGAUAAGAUGAAAGAUUUCAAGAUUGUGCCUUGAAAGAAAUCAAUGUCUAUGUUAGAUGGAAUUUUCUUUUGCCGUUGUAAUAUUAUUAAUAUAUAGAAUAACCAUGCUACGCUA